UUCCGGCAAAAUGUCAACUUGCAGAGUACACAUGUUUUUAACAUGUUCGACUAUUUUAAGGCGAGUGUCAACUGUAAGAAUACUACAAGCACAUACUUUCUUACCAGGAAUUCGACCUGCAAGCUCUUAUAACCCUGAUGAAGAUGAAAUAUUUCUCGAAGACCAGAUUGAAUCAGAACUGGGGAAUCCUGAUGUUGAAAUUGAAGACAAACAGAAAAGGAACUUAAAAAAAGAACAUCGAAUAUUUGUGAAGAACAAAAUAAUUCAGUCCAAGUUUAAGAAGAUGUACAGAGGACCUCAGAUGCCCAACCUGCUCACCUGGGCAGCACGGGCUCAGAUACAAUACCUUCACGAGCAGGACCCAAUAUAUUGGACUCCCGAGAUGUUGGCCGACAGCUUCCCUACUACGCCUGAUGUCAUCAGAUAUAUCAUCAAAAAGAAGAAGCUUCCAAAUGAUGAGUAUGACAUUUACCGGCAUGAUCGUGCGGUGUUCCGCAACUGGCAGAAGCUGAAGGAGGCUGCCACUGUGGAGGGAGGGCCUAUAGACCCAGCUUACAGGUUAUUGGUAGAGGGAGAGAAGUUGGGUUUAAUGGUGAAUGCAGCCGGAGCCCGCUCACUGCCCAUGCCUGAUAUGAAAUUGGCUCUCCAAACGAAACAUGACAUCGCAGAGCAGCGCAAGCCCAAGGUCCCACCCAUAUUUAGCUCAUUACUUGAGAGCCCGAAGAAGACAAAAGGGCUUGGAGUGAGAGAUGCUAACUCGAAUAAAAAUGAGACUGGUCAAGAAAAUAUGAAACAAUUCACUUUUGAAGAUCCAAAGUCGUUAGAGUUGUUAGAGACUUUAAGUGAGAUUUAUCAGCAGGCCACAGGAACAAACGUUCAAGAUACAAAUAGCAGCCCAAUAAGGGAUAAGCAGCCUUUGAUUGGUACUUUAAAAUCUAUGAAAGGCAUACAUGGUGCAAAUCAUUCUUCAGACAAAGUUUCAUUUUAUGAUGGUGACGAAGUACAGCCUGUGAGUCAGUUUGAAUUCUUUGAUGAUGAAGACCUGAAAAGUGAAGAAGACAAGCUAUAUGAUGCUAAAACAUUAUCUUUUGAUAAAUCAACUUUACAGAAGAAAGAUACUAGUAAGAAAACUUCUCUCCGAUAUUCAAGUUAUUCCCAUGAGACUUCAAAAAUGGAAAAGCAGAAUACCCUAAAAUCAAGCAGAGAGAAUAAAGAUGACUUUGACGAUAGGGACGAGCUAGAGGGGCCUCCAGGGGGGGUUAAUGAGGUUCUGCAAGGGUCCCUGGAAGACAUUUUCUUAUUGGACUCUGCUGGUUCCAGCAGAAGGGCUAGGAGACUUGGCAGAAGUGGCAGUGGGAAGAAUCAAGCUAGUGAGGAAAACUGAUAUAUAUUAUGUGUAAUUUUGACUGUAAAUAUACAGCAUUAUCAGUUUCAUUAUUACUUGUGGUUUUGUUUUUGCUGUCAAUGAAAAAAGAAAGUACCAUACUCUGAAGUUAAUGUUAUUGUAUGCAAAUUCAUAUCCUUCAUCACAAAGCUACAUGCAUUGUGAAGUUUCGUUUGACGAAAUGUUUAAAGUUUCUGACAGUUGACAGCACUUGGUGUCACUUACGGUGUUAAGAUUUUAAUGAAUAUUUGAAAUUA